UUCAUCAUUUCAAAGAGAAAUGCAUCAAUAAAAUUGUCAUUAUAUAUAAAUCGUCUGAUAUAAAUUUAUUUUUUUAUUUUAUUUUUUGUAAAUAGAAAAAUAGCGCUAACGAACAAGAAAACAGAUGUGUUAAAAGACAUAAUAAAUGUCUAAUUGGUCAGAUUCAAAUGACUACUUGUUCUCAUCAAGCCUUGCAAGCUAUCUUGAUGGAAAAAUUAUUAUAUUACUGCGAGAUGGUAGAGAACUCUUGGGAACUUUACGUUCUUUCGAUCAGUAUGCAAAUAUAGUAUUGGAAGGUACUAAAGAAAGAGUAAUAGUGGGAAAUCUCUAUUGUGACAUAUCUUUGGGUCUCUACAUUGUUCGUGGGGAGAAUGUUAUGCUCAUUGGACAACGGGAGUCUGACGAGGAGGAGCUCCCCCCACACAUGACAUGUGUUUCAGAAAUAGAAAUCAAAAGGGUUCAAAAGGCAGACAAGAAUGCAGAAGAACUAAAGGGUUCCACUAGAAGAAGAAUGGAGUUUAUUGACUUUGACUAGUAUUUUUUUAAAAUUUUAUUACUAAUGAUUGUUUUUAAGAAAUAAUAUAAUCUGCCUCAGUAUUAAAAUAUAAAUCAUAAGUAACUUGAUAUUAA